AGACUGACUUGCUUCCCUGCUUGCUUCAAGUGCAAGAUGCCAAAACCUCAACAUAUAGAUCAUUCCCCUGAAGCUAGCAUAACUACACCAAAAGAGGACAUUGCCAAUGUCCCCAAAUUCGGUUGGAGAGUAAACUUCGAACAUGAAUGCAAGGAUAAAUGUGAUCCAUUUGUAAAACCCAGACUCACCCACAUUCCUGAAUUAAUUGGCCUUAGUUAUAGAUAUAUGAAAGUAUGGAUAAAGCACAAAAGACAGGGAAGAAUAAUGUUUAUAGACCAUCUAAAUCAAGUUACACACAAGCCUAUUUAUGGCUGUCCAAUAGGUGGUAUAGGUUGUGGGACCAUUGGUCGUGGCUACCGAGGUGAAUUUUGUAGAUUUCAGAUGGUUCCAGGGAUUUAUGAACAUACAAUUGUUCCAGCAAAUUCUUUCAUAUUAUGUAUACGAAAGAACAAUAAAACUGUUUACCAAAAAGUCUUAACAGGAGGAAAAGGGAAGCACUUGAAAUCCUGGGAAUGGGGAUUUCCAAGACAGAAUGCUACAUAUCAUGCACUUUAUCCCCGAUCAUGGACUGUAUAUGAUAUACCUGAGUUUAAUCUUAAGCUUACCUGUCGUCAAAUAUCACCUGUCUUCCCUAAUGAUUACAAGGAUACUAGUUUUCCAAUGGCAGUCUUUGUAUGGUCUGUAGAAAAUAUGGGACAAGACUCACUAGAUGUCAGUAUUACAUUUACCUUUAAAAAUGGGAGAGGUGUGAAGGAAGAUUGUAACCCUGGAAACUGGACUGAACCAUUUGAAAGUGAGGCUGAGGGGCAGAAGGUUGCAGGAAUGAUGAUCAGACAGAACAUACGAGACAUGAAAUGUACCUAUGGAAUAGCUGGAGCUUUCAAGAAUGAUGUAGAUGUAAGUACAAAGUCACAGUUCAAUCCUAAAGGAUCAGGACAAGAUUUAUGGGAAGAUCUCUCUGAUGAUGGAAAAUUGAAAUCAUCGACAGAUCAAAAUAAAGAUCAGCCCAUAGUUAAUUGUAAGACACUUUGCUCUGUCAUGUUGAAGGUUUUACUGAAUAUUAUACAGUUUCUACUCAAUCUUGUCCUACCGUCUAAAGAAAGAAGUGGUUCAACAGGUAAAGGAUCUGAAAUAGGAACAGCGGUAUGUCUAUAUACCACAGUUAAGCCAGGGGACAAAAAAGAUCUAGAAUUUACACUCACAUGGGACAUGCCUGUUAUACAUUUCAAAGCUAGAAAACAUAAGUAUCUAAGGCGCUAUGCUCGUUGGUUUGGCAAUUCUGGUGAUGCAUGUCCAAAGCUGUGUAGUUAUGCCCUGAAAAACUAUCCUAUGUGGGAAACAAAGAUCGAAGAAUGGCAAAACCCAAUUUUAUCAAAUAAAAACUUACCAUCCUGGUACAAAUCAGCUUUAUUUAAUGAGUUAUACUUUGUAAGUGAUGGUGGCUCUCUAUGGUUAGAUAUGGCUGAAGAGAAAGAUGGACAGAUUCAGAGAAAGAUCAGUCCAACCGAACCAGAGGUUAUAACAGAAUAUGGAAAAUUUGGCUAUCUAGAAGGACAUGAGUAUAGAAUGAUUAACACCUACGAUGUCCACCAUUAUGCUUCCUUUGCCUUCAUCAUGCUCUGGCCAAAGAUACAACUAUCUAUACAGUAUGAUAUGGCUACAGCUGUAGCGUCCGAAGACACAACUCCUAUAGUAUUUUGUAUGGAAGGAAAUCGAGGGAUCUAUAAAACAAAAAAUGCAGUUCCACAUGAUCUAGGAGAUCCAGAAGAUGAGCCCUGGGAUAAAGUAAAUGCCUAUAUUGUACACCCUACACAUGACUGGAAGGAUUUAAAUCUGAAGUUUAUCCUACAGACCUAUAGGGAUUAUAGUCAAACAAAAGAUACUGAUUAUCUCAAAGAUAUGUACCCUGUGUGUCAGGCUGUGAUGGAGCAUGCUAGACAAUGGGAUACAGAUGGUGAUGGUCUGAUAGAAAAUGGAGGUUAUGCUGACCAAACCUUUGAUGCUUGGACAAUGACUGGUGUCAGUGCUUACUGUGGAGGUCUAUGGCUAGCGGCCCUGAAGAUGUAUAUUGAAAUCAGUAAUAUUGUGGGUAAUACAGAGGAAGUGAAGAAAUAUACAGAAAUAUUAGAUAAAGGCAAAGAAGCAUUUGAUAAAAAAUUGUGGAAUGGAAGUUAUUAUAAUUAUGAUUCAAGUACAACCAGUGGACAUGAUGAUAGUGUGAUGGCUGACCAGCUUGCUGGACAUUGGUUUCUUAGGGCAUCAGGCAUGGAGGAUGAAACUAUUUUCCCACCAACACAUGUUAAGACAGCCUUGAAGACUAUAUUCAAAAAUAAUGUAAUGGGAUUUGAGAAUGGUAACAUGGGAGCCAUUAAUGGAACAAGGCCUGAUGGGAAGAUGGAUAUGAGUAGUGUUCAAAGUGAGGAAUUCUGGGUAGGAGUCACUUAUGCCCUGGCUGCAAAUAUGAUUCAGGAGGGUAUGUUAGAUGAAGCCUUCCAAACAGCAUGGGGAGCUUACCAUACAUGCUGGGAAACAUAUGGUCUUCAAUUCCAGACACCAGAGGCCUACAUGCUUGACAGGAAUUACAGAUCCCUGGGAUAUAUGAGACCACUAUGUGUUUGGGCCAUGCAAUGGGCUUUAGAAAAGUUUCAUCCACAGUUAAUGAAGUCUUGAAUGUGUGCAAUAUGGACUUAAUGAUGCUAUAAAGUUUUCUGUGUUCAUAUUGCUCAAAUUUUACACGCUUUAUUUUCCAAGACACAAGUUUUUUUUGUUAAAUCUCAUUUUAUGCAGCUGAAAUUAAUACAUUCAUAGAUGUUAUUGAAUUAUCUGGUGGAUAGUUGUCUCAAUGGCAAUUAUACCACAUCUCCUUAUUAUAUACACUCAAUGUAGUGUUCAAGUAAAUUUAUCAUGAUAUAUAUAAGAUAAAUCAGUUAAUGUGGAUUCAUUUAUUUUCAUGGGUACCAAUUUUUGUGGAUUGCAGAAACUUUGCAUUUUCGUUGAUAUUUGUUAUUGGGGUUCUGCCAAAGGUUGGAUACAACUUUAUAGAAAUUUGUAUUUCGUUGAAUAUUUAAAUUGGUGUUUCACCUGUACCCACGAAACCCACAAAAAUUGGUAUCCAAGGAAUAUUAAUCAAUCCACAGUACAAGCUUUCACCACCAACAAUUUUUUUACAUAGUUUCAAUGAAUUCAAUUUUAUUCAGAUUCAUGUGUUAAAGAGUAAUGGCAUGACAAAAAUCACAAAAUGUUCACAUGAAAUUGUAGGCAGGUAUUUAAUACUGUAUGUCAGGUAAUUGCCUGUAAUUUGUUAUUAAUAAUUAUGUUAUUUUUUUUUACAAAUGUUUAUUAAAUAGUUAAGAUAAUUAAGCUUCCAUAUAUACACAAGUGCAAUUAUUAGAAAUUGUAAAUGUUAGAGAAAUUGUUGUUUAUUAUGUUAUAGUGUUUUUAAAAUAUAUAUAUUUUUUUUGUUUAAUUUUUGUUUUCUAUCAAAUUGCUUUAAAGAAUAUUUUGUUUACAUUAUUUUCUCACAGGUCUAUGCUUUAAACAUCAGGUUGUAUCUUUGAAAACUGUGGGUAUUACACCAAAAUAUUGUAGUUUAAAAGCAUAUAAAUAAUGGGGCACUAGCUACGAGAUUUAUAAAAAAUCUUAGGUAUGAUUUGUUUUUGUUUAAUCAAUAAUGGAAGUGAAAUAGUGAUAUAAUAAUUAGCUUUUAGCAGACAAAAUGCUUCAGUUUUGUCAAAUUAAGCUAAAUAACAUUGGUAAUGAAUUAUUCACUUGCAAGUGAAUAUUUCAACCUCAUUAAAUCCAUAUUCAUGUGAAUUUGAAAUAAACCCCUUAACUAGAGAUGGAAAUGCAUGCAUUGUAUGUGUACUGGUUAUUUAAAGGAAAAGAAUGUCAACAUUGAAAGUGAAACAAAGAUAAAUUCCUAUACAGGUAAAAACAAUGAGAAACAUAUAUUUUUAAUCUAUAAAAUAAAUUAAACAGACCUAUAAAAAUUCAAUUGCACAGUUGGCUUUAUCUAUUUAUAUUUAUAUUUAUGUUUACAUCGCUUAUAUUGUCAUCUGAGGUCAACGCGAUAGUUAAUUAGAUGGAGUCUAGACUAAAAUACACACAAAAGGGAACUACAUAUUAUCGACCCUGUGCUCUGAAAACUAUUUACUUUAGACUUUUGAUAGCUUGGAUGAAUGUUUUACAUUGUUAUAAAUAAAAUAUGAGAAUUUGAUUCAAAUCCGUGCCCAUGAAUUUGACAGCUAGUGCCCUUUUAACAAUUUUUAUGCCCCACCUAUGAUAGUAGAGGGGCAUUAUGUUUUCUGGUCUGUGCCUCCCUCCCUCCGUCUGUUCAACCCGCUUCAGGUUAAAGUUUUUGGUCAAAUUAUUUUUUGAUGAAGUUGAAGUCCAAUCAACUUGAAACUUAGUAUACAUGUUCCCCAUGAUAUGAUCUUUCUAAUAUUAAUGCCAAAUUAAAGUUUUGACCCCAAUUUCACAGUCCACUGAACAUGGAAAAUGAUA